UGUAAACAGUCCUCACGCGCAUUGUGUUCACUAGUCAGCCGCCAUUUUAUUGAAGUUUAUUCAUCUUCGUAAAGUACGUGAUAUUUGCGCAAAUUACGUACAAAUUGUUAAUUUAAUUUCGGUGAAAUAUGUUCUAAUCGUUUAACCAGCAUUUGUAAGUUAUAAGUUGUAAACGAUGGUCUCCAACCAACAGUUUCGUUUGAAGUGGAACAACCAUCGCAAUACUGUGUUACAAGAAUUCGAAACUUUGCUUCAUAAUAACAGCUUCGUCGAUUGUACUAUCGGUGCCGAUGGUAAAUAUCUGAAAGCUCACAAGAUUGUACUUUCAGCAUGUAGUCCAUAUUUACAGAACGUAUUUUCGGAGCAUUUCGACAAACACCCUGUGAUUUUACUAAAAGACGUAUCGUUUAAAGAAUUAAAAUGCAUGAUCGAUUACAUGUACUGCGGCGAAGUAAACAUAAGCGAAUGCGAAUUGCCAUCAUUUCUGCGUACAGCUCAAUCAUUGAAAAUCAAAGGACUAGCCGAAGACAUAAACGAAUACGACGACAGCGGCGCCUCGGACAACGAACACCAAGAAAUCAGUAGUCUAACGGAGAACGGCCGUACGGUCGAACCUAGCGUCGAAAUACACGACGACGAAGGUCCGCCGACUAAACGCAGCGCACCUUCGCUUAUCUAUAGCAAUUUCGCCGGCCGCAAACGUAAAUCGCCGAACGCGAUCAACUCCGGUGCACCUAAAAGUAGCAAUAACAGCGGUGGUGAUAAGAUCAUCGCAGCUGCGACGAGCAAGACUGGCGGUAAUGUUCCUGUUUCUAGUUGCGCAGAUACUGAAAAUUCCGAUAGUAACGUUUGUACGACCAGUAAAGAUAAUAAUGUAAAUAAAGACGUUAAUGAUAAGAGAUCCAAUUCACAAGAUGAUCUUCAAGAGCAUAAAAAUAAAGCGGUCGUUAAGGAAGAGCCGCUCGACGCCGACGAUGAUAAUUCUAGUUACGAAUUCGUUAAUAAUCCGUGCGACGAUUCGGACCCGCUCAAUGAGGAUUCCGAAUCAAACUGCGCAAAUUCAGGAAAAAAUUUCAACGAAGUUAGCAUAGCAAAUGUUUCAUCGUGCAAUGAAGCCGAAGCAAACGAUGGCGACGACAACGACGACGACGAUGAUGAUGGCAAAUCGACCAAUGUAAAAGAAGAAUUAUUGAUCUCGGAAUUGGUGACGAUGCAAGAAGAAGAAGACGGUACCGACGAGGGUAAGAUACGUGUACGUUCGUGCGAAGAGUUGAUGUCGUCGCUAGGCGAUGACGGUGUGCCUUUGAAUUCCGAAACAGACAUCUACGUGGUAACUGGACCGAAUGACGGAGAAGAGAUCAGCGAUAGCGAUGCUCAGAACCGCAGCAGUUGUCGUAAUGAGUACGAACGUGUUAAGGAAAUGGUAUCGGUUUGUUGCGCGGCGGCGACCGGAUUGCCGGCCGAAGAAUCUGCUGUAGCGCCGGAAAAGGUGGCUGAAAAAAGAUGCAGCAGCGUUGCAGAUGAGAAGAAUCCCUCUAAGAUGGCUUCUCGAUUUUUCGGCAGCAGACAAGUAUGUAAGAGAAUACGGGCUAAAAAGCGUAAAGCUGCAGUAAGUGCCGAAUCGAAAGAAGUACAGAAACCUCAGCCGAAAUCAGGUUUUCGUAAGAUUUUGCCAGCUCCGAUGAAACCAGCCACUUUACUACCGGCUACUCUGUUACCAGUACCAUUAGCUGCUGCGGCGCCUUCGGCUACGGCGUUGAUGUCUUCGGCACAGUUCUCGUCUCAACAAAAGAACCGAACCACAUCGAGCAAAAUGACACCGAUUGUCGAUCCUAAAUCGUCGUCCGGCGAACACCCUUCGGCAUCGGGUUACCGGAUGAUCGCUGUUUCGGCAGCAUCCUCUACGUCUUCGACGGCGCAGCAGUCGUCACAGCAGGAGGCUAAACGAUCCUCAUCUGGAGGUACCGCCGACAAGGAAGAAGGUUCGCAGCCGAUCUUAUUUUCUAGAGUUGUGCUGCUGAAUUCGUCCGAUGUGCAGUCGUCGUCGACGCAGCCAAUUUACACGUUACCGCCGGUCAGCUCGGCCAAAGGAAGCGAAAUUCGCGAAGUAGCUUUUAUUCGAGCUCCUACGUCUAGUCCGGCUGCUUUGGCCGAAGUUGAGAUGAAAAACAUCGCCGAUGUGAAGAUGACCACGCCGAAGAAACCGGCUGUUUUGUCGUUCACGCAGAAAUUCCGUAGAAUAGCGCCUCUUCCAGAUAGCGAAGGUGGUAUUUGUAGAUUAUGUUCGGGUGUAUUUACCAGUCGAAGUGAACUAACGAAACAUAUGCCCAUUUGUUCCAAGACCAUGUUUGGCAAGAAGGGACGUAAAAAGAACGACGCCUAGAGUCGAAUGGAUUAGGUUGUAAAUUUUUUUGUUAUCGUUAUUCUAUUUGGUCUCUACUUAAUAUUGUGUAAUGUUGAAGGCAGCGAUUACUCUUGAUCGAUUGAGUCGAGUGUGGUUAUUUAAUGUUUGUGAAUCGGCCGACCUCUUUAUGGUAUUACUUGUGGAACGAGUAUGCUCUAUGUUUAUUCUUAUUUUCGUCGAUGAUUCUUAUGACAAAUUUUUUUCUGUUCAAAUUGAUUGGUUUGGAUGUCCAGUUAGUCGUGUAUUAGUUGAUUCGUUCGUCGACGAUCGUGAAGUUGAAAUUGGUAGUUAGUAAUUGGAUAAGAUCCGAAGUAUGUUGAAGAGAG